UCCCGAUGUUCCUUGUGUGAUUUCACGUGUAGUUUAUAACACGCGAUCAUGGUUUAAAAUAUUGAAAUAUCAUUUGCAAUAGAUACAUAUAAUAUUUAUUUUAUCACAAUGUCCGUUCAUUAAGGUUUACAAAAAUUAUUAUAUGAUUACAUUUCAGUCAUUUUUUAUGACGAUCUACUCAGAGACUGAGGAACCAACAAAGGACGAUUUGGUUACUUAAACUACUUGUGUAAUUAUAAGUGAGGAUAAUACCAUGCGAAUGAAACCGGAUGUUUUGUAGGCCAUUUUGUAGGCAUGCGCAUUAUUGUACUAUAUCUUUUUUUUCGCUUCCCGUUGACGUCAGUUUUCCAUAUACUUGCAGAAAAAAGCGUUAUGCGAGCUUUUAAAACUUGUAUUUAAUUAUUUUCAACACAUAAAUACAUUUAUUCUUUGUUUUAUUUAUGAACUUUGUAAACCUUUUGUGAAACGUAACGUGGUGUGUGGUUGUAUGGUGAAUUUGUUCUGUUCAAUUCAUCGUAAGACUUGCAAGUUUACGAUACAAACAUGCAAGUGCAAGAGGCGGAAGGAGCUGAUGAUACAUAAAUGAGACACUUGUACAUAGGUUCACCAUGGAACAAUUCCAGUGGUUGCGAUGAAGAACGUCGUCCAACUCAAAAGGAGGGUAAAAAGUCGAAUAUAUUACCUCUAUGGGGAAAUGAAAGGACUAUGAAUUUAAAUCCACUAAUUUUAACCAACAUACAAUCGUCACAUUAUUUUAAAGUGAAUUUAUAUGAAUUAAAAACAUACCAUGAGGUUAUCGAUGAAAUUUACUAUAAGGUGUCUCAUUUGGAACCAUGGGAGAAAGGAAGCAGAAAAACAGCAGGCCAGACUGGCAUGUGCGGAGGUCGGUUCAUGCAGGUCCGAGGAGUUGGUGCUGGUGGAAUUGUCUCAACAGCUUAUUGUCUACUGUAUAAACUCUUCACCUUGAGAUUAACACGGAAACAAUUAAAUGGUCUUAUCAAUCACCUUGAUUCACCAUAUAUUCGGGCAUUAGGAUUUAUGUAUAUUAGAUAUACACAACCACCAGCAGAUCUAUUUAGUUGGUAUAGUGAUUACUUAGAAGAUGAAGAUGAGUUAGAUGUAAAAGCUGGUGGAGGACAAGUAAUGAAGAUGGGUGACAUUCUCAAACAAUUUCUUACUAAAUUAGAAUGGUUUUCAACGUUAUUUCCAAGAAUACCAGUGCCUAUACAAAAAGAACUCGAACAUCGAUUAGCAGAAAGGUUUCCACAACAAUCUAUGAAUGCCCGAAAUGCAAAACCACCUAUUACCCUAAAUAGUCAUGGAAAAUAUAGUAACAGCAGUAGUAGGAAAGAUAACGGCAAUCUCACCUCACGGAAUCAACCGCGGCAUAUACCAGAUAGCGAAGCUCAGUGGGGUGAGGCUGAAAGAACAAGUCACUGGCGAGCCAGAUCUGAUGAAGACCGCAAGGACAAAUACAGAGACCGAGAUCGUGAGCGAGAUCGUAUAAGAGAAAGAGAACGAGAACGUGCCCGUGAAAGAGAUCGAGAAAGGGAUCGACAUUGCAGACGAUCAAACAGCCGUGAUCGAAGUCGGAGACAAAGAGAACAUAGAAGUCGUAGCAGAGACAGAUCACAUAGAGAUAGAAGUAAAGAUCGUUAUCGUGAUAAAGAUCGUCAUAGGGACAGAAGAGGAUCACCCUAUGAUUAUGCAACAGAACUUGCUCGUGAAAGGGAAAGACAACGAAGAGAAUGAAAAUAUACACUGAAAUGUAUAUAUCGACAUAAAUGUUUGUACGAGUGUAACUAUAGAGAUGAAAACGAUUUAGAGCCGAGCCAUGCGAACACCACCGCGUUUUGAAUCGAUUACUUCAUUUGAAGUAAUAGCCUAAAUUUAAUUCGAUUAUAUUCACUAUGUAGUUUACAUGUUUUUAUAAAAUAAAUCCAAGAUUAUAA